AUGGCUUGUGUUAGGAUUUGGGAUUUAUCACCCAAAGUAGACGAAGAGUCUCUGAAUCGAGUGAUGUCAUAUUUUGGUACUGUGGUAGAUUGCCGUGUGAUAAGGGCGAAUAACGAAAAAAUUCAGGCAAAUGCUUAUGUAACUUUUGAAAUGGAAGAAUCAGCAAAAAAAGCAGCUAGUGCCGAUAGAAAGCUUGAGUGUGGAGGUUGUCCGCUAAGGAUUGAACUUCAUGAGGGAUUGAUGUUUGGAAAAAUCGCAUCUACGCCACAACCGGGCUGCUGGUUUUGUUUAGCCAAUGAUUCGUGCGAAAUACAUAUGAUUUCAUAUGUAUUUAAUUAUUGCUAUUUAGCUAUUGCAAAAGGAGCCCUCAACAAAUUCCACUGUAUUAUAACUUCAAUAGACCAUUUUCCAAAUUUAUUACUAAGUCCACCUGCCAUAAGGGAGGAUAUAAAGUAUGCAGUCAAUAUUGCAAUUAAUAUUAUCAUUAAUAGGGGACAAGGGGCUAUUGCAUUUGAGAGAUACAUGCCUAUGAAUUCCGAAAAUGCCAAUCAUUUACAAGUACAAGUGGCAGCUGUACCAAUUGAUACUGCCCAUUUUGGCAAUAUGUUUGUCAAAAAAUUUAAACAUAUAAGAUCAGAACCUUUUUGCUACACUAAAUUUCUAGAAGAAAUCCCUGAAAAAAUUUAUGACAAAGAACAAUCAUACUUUUUACUUCACCAAGUUGGUAGACGAAUUGGAUCAAGCAAAAUAUCAGAAAGUUGUUAUUUAUGGAUCAUAGAUAAGGAUAAACGAAUUCCACUCCAAAUUGGCCGUAAAAUUAUCGUAGAUUUGAUGGAUCAAACGGAAAUAGAGUUAAUAAAGCCCCUAGAAUCACAACAGGAUGUAAGGUCUGCCGCCGUUAAUUGGCGUAAUUGCCAAGUAUCCAGGGAAGAGGAGGAGAGGUCGGCUAAAAACUUGAUGGAAUUGAUUAAAAAUGAGUUACUCACUUGA